AUGUUCGUCUACCUGGGUAAAAUCACCUACGAGCCCUACGCCAAAGACGAGCUUAUCGCUGUGAUUCUCCGAGACAACCUCCAGCCCGGAGACAAAGUGAUUGUUCUCCAUCAAUGGACUAAGCCAGAUGGCGGAAAACCCAAAGCGAACUCUGCUUCGCACGGCACUAUUGGCCGAAUUACUGUGACUGGUACCGCACAAAAAGAGAUUGAAUUCCUCGCCAACGAGAAGGAUGAGACUUACUAUUGGUUCAAGGGAACGAUGGCUUGCGACAAAAUGAACCUGUCUAUGAUGAAUAAGGCAGGAGAGGAGGUUGCAAAGAACAUUGAGCUAGAUGUCGCUUUCUUCUGA